UCCCAGCAUGCAGCAGGAGGCCGUGGAGACAUCCAGCAGCUGGAGUUAGAGGAGUGCCGAAGCAGGCAUCAGCCGAGGCAGCGGGGAAACUUCGUACUUCAUGCGAGACGAACCGAGCCGUGUACCGUACAUGCUACAGAAAAUAUGCUGUCCGGGUGCCCGGUGUGUUCCCGAGUCGGAGUUUGAGUCAGUACCGUCCCCGGGCUGUCGUUUUGGAGGAUUCCUCCCUCCAUCCCCCGGAUCGCAGCGAACAGGCAAUGACCACGGUCCCAGCAAGCCCGCAGCAGAUGAAGGACCGGCUGCUGCAGGCCGUUGACAGUCAGAGCAAUAUAUGCAACAUGGUAGUUGUGUUGGAAGUAAUUGCUUGUCUUGAGAAGUAUCCCAUUACCAAAGAAGCUCUUGAGGAAACUCGACUUGGUAAAUUAAUCAACGAUGUUAGGAAGAAGACCAAGGAUGAAGACCUUGCUAAACGUGCCAAGAAACUUUUGAGAAACUGGCAGAAACUGAUCGAGCCCGUGUCUGCGAGUGUUCCCGGGUCUACCAACGGCAGUUCUCACCCCUGCAGAGCAGAACCGUUUCCUGCAGACCUUUCUGUGUCUGGGAAAGGCCUGCCCGAGGUCAAGACCAGGAACGAUGUUCACAACACAUACUCACCUAAAGCUGAGAAAUCAGGCAGCCGUAAGAGGCGRGCCGAGCACAAGGACACGUACCAUUUACCUGAGAAGAUCCUCAAACUGUCAGCCAGUGAUCAUUGUGUCACCCCUCCACCCACCAAUGGCACUGCAGGCAGUCCAGAGGGUCUGCCGGACCCCGGGGCCGUCCCGUCUCCUGACACGUCUCGAACAGAACAUGUGGAAAAUGACAAAGUGAACAGAAUUCCAGUGAACGCUGUGAAGCCCCGGCCCAGCUCUCCUGGCAUGGCCAAGCCCCCCAGCACCUCGUCUCUGAUCAAAGUGGCUGUGAUGCAGCAGCAGGCGAAGCUGGAGGAAGGAGGGGAGGGUUAUUACCAGAGCAGAAGUCCUCGCAGUCUCACCUCCAGUCCCAGGAGCUUAAAGCAGGACUCCAAGCGUUCCUCAGCUUACGCAGCGAAGGGAACACCCAUCCCCAGCCCCACUUCCAGAGACUCCCCCCUGUCGUUGUCCCAGCCUCUGUCCUCUCCAGGCCCAGCGUCGUACAUUGAGAAGCUGCCUCAGUCGUCUCACAAACCUACAGACGUCCCUCCUCAUUACCCGACUCCAGACAUCCCUGGAUCUCUGGGGUCCCCGUCACUUUCCCCCUCCCUCUUUCUUCUGCAGCAGAACCUGGAGCUACACCGCUCACCGUUCGAUGGGAGCGUUGCUGUGUCUGACGACACCGACGGGUCCGUGGUACCAAACUCUGAGCAUAAAAGAAGAAAGUACCGAUCCAGAGACUACUCUGUGAACCUGGACGGACAGAAACUAGAGGACACGACUAAGCCUGUGCGUUUAAAAGAACGCAGACUGACGUUCGACCCGGUCACAGGUCAGAUCAAACCUCUAGUGCAUAAAGAACUGUCUCAAACAGAGAUCAGCAGCACUCCAGAGCCCACAGAGUCCAGGCAGAGAACUGAAGCCCCCGUACCACAGCCCACUGCCACCACCUCCGCCCCAGCCCCCAGCCCCAGCCCCUUCCACCAGACCAACUGGAAGGAGCUGUCCAGAAACGAGAUCAUCCAGUCCUACUUGAACCUUCAGAGCAACCUGCUCACCUCCUCAGGUGUGCAGGCUCCCAGUGCCCACUUCUUCAUGUCAGAGUACCUGAAGAAGGAGGAACAAGAGACCAAGGAGUUGAGGAAAACACACGUUUUACAGAAGUACAACAUCAUAGGUGAUUUACCAGGUGUGAGUCGAGAGGUGAGCAGUGCUGACCUGGACCGGAUCCACACACAGAACUGGCCUGGAGUCAAUGGUUGUUAUGAUACCCAGGGCACCUGGUACGACUGGACAGAGUGUAUAACACUGGACCCUCAUGGGGAUGAGAGCAGACUGAACAUCCUGCCCUACGUUUGCCUCGACUGAGAGCUUUGGAAAGGCUGCUGUGUUUUUUCUUUAGAUGAUUUUUUUUUUCUGCUCGCUCCUUCAGGGUCUGAGCUGAGACCAGACCUGUUCUGGUUCUGUUGGUCCACUGUGAGUUUGGCAGAAGCCAGCCUGCUGAGCUCUCCUCCCUUUGCCUCUUUCUGUGAGAAUCUGCUCAGACUUUGGUAUUAAAAACAGAAAUACUGAAAGAAACGUUUGUUUUAAUUUAAUCUGAAAGUCACAGAGAAAUUAGACCCAUGUUACAGAUUAACACUGCUUGCAAUGAGUGCGUGACUUAUUUCUCAUGAUCUGAAGUCAUGUUAAUGUGCAUUUUUGAUGGUCAGUAGUUGUAUUCCUGUUUCAGGCACACUGAGUUGAGCUUAUUGUUUGUUGUAAUCUGAGGUUCAGAUUAGACGAAAGGCUUCAGCUGUCUCAUCGACUCAACAAUGUUCCCAAAAAACCUGUUCAACCCUUCAGGAACGUGUCCAGACUGAUAAAUACUGGACAUGUUGGGCCGGUACAAGAGGCGCCAUGUGAAAUAUAGAAGUAAAUUAUAAAUUUAUUGUCAUGUACACAUCUAUUUAUUUAUGAUCAGUUCAUGGGAUGUAAACUGAAAGAGCUUUUCAAGAAAAAACAACUUUUUUUCC